AUGCGUCCGUUAUGCAUUACAGAAGAAGAUGGGUCAGAAACAUAUUGGUUAAUUGAAAAUGGAACUUCAAAAUCGGUAGAUUUAGAAAAUGAAGAAGAAGAUUUUCCAGAAGAAUAUGGACGAGAAAUAACUUACGAAGACAGCCGUAUUGUGAAAGGUCAAGAUGACCCAAUGUCAAAAUACGUUAUCUCAAUUAUCAAUACUCUGGUUGAAUCUAUCACUCGUGUUAUUGGGCGCCCAAUUCAGAAAAUCAAUUUAGUAUUUGGAAUUAAUGAUUAUAAUCAAAUAUGGCUUAACCGGAAUUCGAUUUUGGAAUUUUCAGAUAAAUGCUUUGAAAAUGCUAUAUUGCAAUCCAAAGAUGCUUCAAGACUUAAUAAUAUAUUUGUCGUUGAAGUAUCAAAGCAAGUUCCAAAUGGUAAAUGUUUUUUAAGUACUCAAAAUUGUUCGCAUCCUCAAAAUCAUCUGAAAUUACUCGAAAUUUUAUAUUACAAAUCUAUACAAGCAUUUCCUAGUUUAAACAAAAAGAAAUUAUUUAAUUUUCUUAUUCGUCGAAUAGAAGAAAUUGAUCAAACUCUUAUAGACAAAGACGUCACUUGCUGCUUGCCCUGCUAUUUGAGAAUUCAUAGUGCAAUAAAAUUACUCAAUAAUGAUCUUGUAAAAAGAGUUUCUACAAAGCGUUUAUCCCCGAUAAAUGAUCUCUUAAAAUAUCAAGCUAUACAUUCUAACCAAUUCUCAAGCACUCAGGUAUCCCAUUUUCCUUUUUUAGUUCAAAAAGAAUUAAAUAACCCUAUAAAUUCGCCAUAUUCAUCUCCAGUGCAUGAAAUCCACAAAUUAGCUUCAAGUCAAACUUCUGAAUAUGCAGGAAAACUUAAGCUAGCAGUUUUGCAAACUUAUCAACCCUCUAAACAAAAAUACCCUACAAAACGUCAGAUAAAUCAUAAAGAUCGCAUUAAAAAAUGGGAUAUAUAUGAACUCCCUGAAUAUUCACCACUCCCUCCAACUUUUAGCCAAAAAUUAGCUCCAAAAGUUUAUCAGAACAAGCUAGAAAAGCCUCACACUUCUAAUCUAGCAGUAUCAUAUAAGUAA